AUGUCCAUAAUCCAAAAGGCCCUUGGGAAAGAACCCACGACAGUGGUGAUCUUUCUGGCCAACGCGAAGGCCUUUUUCGAGUACUUGAUAAAGUUCGGCCAGAAGGGCAGCCGCAUCUCCAGCCAGCGCGUCAGGAUCCUCCACCACGAAGUGGCCAAACUGGCCCGGGAUUUCAGCCGGCGUGUGACAGCGCACCAGCAGGCCGUCAAGGCCAAAAAGCUGGACCGGCUGAUUUCCCGGGAGGACCUGACGCGCUGCAUUGAGGCGUGCAGGGAUGUCAUCCCCACCCUCCUGGAUGAGGUGGAGGCUGCGCCCAUCGAGGACUGUUUGAGCCGCUUCCGUUUCUUCGGGCACCUGGCGGCCUACCUGGCCUCCAUUUAUGGCCACAGGUCGUGUGUUUACACGAACCUGCUGGCCAGGGAGGUCAGGGAGGCCAAGGGUGAUGAAAACGCUGGCUACCUCGUCAAUGUGAGCAAUCACAAGACCACGCAUAAAUAUGGCAUGGCCCAGAUAUACCUCACCCCAGAGGAAUAUGGUUGGUGCACCCGGUGGCUGGGCCUGCUCAACCGGGGGGUGCCGUCCAACAGCUUCUUUUUUUUGAACAACGGCAAGGGGGUCAUGAAAGACCUUAAAGGGUACAUGAUCCGGGCGUGGCAGGAGAUCGGGCUCAAGGGUGAGCCCGAUUUCCUUGACAUCCGGACGGCGGUGUCAACCUUCAACUUCGAGCAAAAUUGCGACAGGGCGACCCGGGAAUCUGUGGCGCAAUUUAUGUGCCACAGUCUGGACACCCAGGAGCGAUUUUACGCACUUUACAAAACCGUGCACAAGGCGAAGGAGAUGCGGCAGUGCUUUAUUGCACUGAGCUGUGGGGAGAAGGCAUGUCUUGUGCCUUCUGAACCGCUGAACUUCCCUGGACCGUCGACCUCCGCCGAGAAUUGUCCCGGACCGUCGACCUCCUCCUCUGGCGGCUCUCGAGCAGCAGCGCUGACCCCAGUGCGCCGGCGGCUACUUGCGGCAGGUGAAGGGGCCAAAAGAACACGCUCCCCGAGCAAUAGGGAAGUGGCAGAGCUCCGUGGCGCCGGGGCAGAAGAGGCGGGACCCUCAACCCGCCAGAGGAGGAGGCGGGCACCUCCCAAAACCCCGAGCAUCAUAAUUGACUCAUCUGAUGAGGAACAGCAGGACGUGCUGGAGAUGGGAUCGGCCGGCAGAUCUAAUGAGGAGCAGGAGGACGUGGGGGAGAUGAGGUCGGCCGGCAGAUCUAAUGAGGAGCAGGAGGACGUGGGGGAGAUGAGGUCGGCCGGCAGAUCUAAUGAGGAGCAGGAGGACGUGGGGGAGAUGAGGUCGGCCGGCAGAUCUAAUGAGGAGCAGGAGGACGUGGGGGAGAUGAGGUCGGCCGGCAGAUCUAAUGAGGAGCAGGAGGACGUGGGGGAGAUGGGAUCGGCCGGCAGAUCUAAUGAGGAGCAGGAGGACGUGGGGGAGAUGAGGUCGGCCGGCAGAUCUAAUGAGGAGCAGGAGGACGUGGGGGAGAUGAGGUCGGCCGGCAGAUCUAAUGAGGAGCAGGAGGACGUGGGGGAGAUGAGGUCGGCCGGCAGAUCUAAUGAGGAGCAGGAGGACGUGGGGGAGAUGAGGUCGGCCGGCAGAUCUAAUGAGGAGCAGGAGGACGUGGGGGAGAUGAGGUCGGCCGGCAGAUCUAAUGAGGAGCAGGAGGACGUGGGGGAGAUGAGGUCGGCCGGCAGAGGAUGGGAGGAGGAGGAUGAAAAUUUGGGCCUCUGGUUUCCGCCCCAUAAGAUAUGCUGUUCUUUAUGCAAACAGAGAGGAAUGCUUUGA